AUGUCCGGGACCGCCGGGCAGAAGCGCCGGCCCCCACGCAGCCAAUACGCAGUCGGAUGGAUAUGCGCCGUGGAAACCGAGGUUGUAGCAGCUCUCGAACUCCUGGAUGAGGAGUACCUUGCACCUCCUUCGGAUGGAGCAAACGACAAUACCGUCUACGCCUUUGGCCGCAUCGGACAGCACGACAUCGUUGUUGCAUCUCUGCCAAAGGGGAAAUAUGGCACCACCUCGGCUGCUACAGUUGCGAGGGACAUGCUGCGGAGCUUCCCGACUAUUAAGUUCGGGUUGAUGGUCGGGAUAGCUGGCGGGGCACCGUCGGCAAAGCACGAUGUUCGACUGGGCGAUGUUGUCGUGAGCGCGCCUGACAAGCAGUCUGGCGGUGUGGUUCGAUACGACUUCGGGAAAUCGAUACAGACGAAGAAGUUCCAGCGCACUGGAUCUCUGAACGCUCCUCCUCUCUUCCUUCUCAGUGCUGUUCAGAUGCUGUCGACCGAGCACAGACGGAAAGGCCAUCGCAUCGCCCAGACAGCCGAGCAGCUCAUCCAGAACAACGAGAAUCUGGAAGAGGAAUUUGAGAGACCUGCACCGGAGACAGACCGCUUGUAUCUCUCGACAUACAUCCACCAAGACGACGGAAGGAGCUGUAAAGAAGCGUGCGACCAAGGAGAGUCGAAGCUGGUCCCUCGUCCCGAAAGAACAAGGAACAAAAGGAACAAGACGGCGAUUCACUACGGCUUGAUCGCAUCCGCGGACAAACUGAUGAAGGAUGCUACAGUCCGCGAUGAACUAUCUCAGCAGGAGGACAUCCUUUGCUUUGAGAUGGAGGCAGCGGGGCUGAUGGACCACUUUCCCUGCCUUGUCAUCCGCGGUAUCUGCGACUAUUCGGACACGCAUAAAAACGACAUCUGGCAGGGAUAUGCCGCUGUGGCUGCCGCAGCGUAUGCAAAAGAGCUGUUGUUGGCCAUUCCAGUGACUGAGGUUCAGAAAGCUCAGCCCGCAAGUCUUGAAUGGGGUCCGCCCCCUGUCUAUUCGAAGCAGGUCAACAUCUUUAAUGGAAUGUCUAAUCAGUCUGGAGGGCAUUCUCUCUCUGGAAAUUCUUUCGAGUCAGGUGGUGGAACCAUGAAUAUCGGAUAG